AAGUGUGACUCACAACCCAGAUGAUCACGAGCUCAUGAGCGUUCCAAACAUUUGAUAUAUUGAUGGUUAAUUCAUAAAGAUUCGAUCAGGAUGGACGGACUGUUUCGAUGGACGUGUCCUCUGCUGAUCUUCUGUGGCUGUGUGCCGUGCCCUGUCUUUGGUCGUCCAUCCGACUCGCCCCCUCUCCUUACCCACCUUCCCUUUUCUGCCGUAUGGAACGCGCCUACCGAACGCUGUGCGUCUCGAUUCGGGGUGGACCUGGACUUGAGCGUCUUUCACAUCGUCCACAACCAUGACGAGGUGUUCAUGGGCGACAACAUCACCAUCUUCUAUGCCAAUAAGUUAGGACGGUAUCCCUACUAUGAUCCCCUGAUUGAGCCGGUGUAUGGAGGAGUUCCUCAGAACGCCAGCCUCAGCGAGCAUCUCCGAAAGGCCGCAGACGAUAUACAGACGUACAUCCCCGAUCCUGGCUUUUACGGGCUGGCCAUCAUCGACUGGGAAAAGUGGAGGCCGCUUUGGGAGCGAAAUUGGGAGUCCAAGCAUGUUUACUGGCUGGGAUCCAAAGCUUUAGUGAAGGCCAAACAUCCUCACUGGACUCCGGGUCAAAUAGAAACUCAAGCCGUGAAAGAGUUUGAAGGGGCUUCACGGGAUUUUAUGGAGGAGACGUUGAAACUGGGCCUCGGGGCGCGUCCUGGAGGAUUGUGGGGCUUUUACGGUUUCCCCUGCUGUUAUAAUUAUCAGUACAAGAAGAACGACACGUACACCGGCGAGUGUCCCCCUACAGAAACAAAGAGGAAUGAUAAACUGACAUGGCUAUGGAACGUCAGCACGGCUCUCUACCCAAACGUGUAUCUGGAUCUGCUGCUGCGGGGUCGUGAUCGUGAGGUCAUGCUGUACAGCCGCUAUCGCAUCCUGGAGGCCCUGAGGGUGAGACGACAAAACGACACCCGCAGCCCGCCGGCUGUCUUCCCUUACGCCAGGAUCGUCUACACGUACUCCAUGGAGUUUAUCUCCCAGGUCGAUUUGGUUCACACUAUCGGCGAGAGUGUCGCUCUGGGAGCUGCAGGCGUUGUCCUCUGGGGUGAUGAUAACUACUCCAGGACAAAGGAAUCCUGUGAAGCGGUUCAGAGUUACCUGAACGACACACUUGGCCGUUACAUCGUGAACGUGACGGAGGCGGCGUAUCUCUGCAGCCGGAUGCUGUGCUCAUCUCAGGGCCGAUGUGUUCGGAGGGACCCGAGCGCUGACGUCUACCUGCACCUCGACCCGUCUGUAUGGUCCAUCAUUCACAGAUCUCAGCUGUCAGGACCCGUCACCAUUGGUCCGUCUUUUGUAGCUUACAGGAGGAGGACGGUCCAGAGAGAAACCAUUUCCUCCACGACAGAGUUUAAAUGUCAGUGUUUUCCAGGCUGGGAAGGCGAGGGAUGCCAGAAACCAGCGUCUACUACAUAAGACAGCUGAUCUGAGGACAGCAUCACAGGGAAUGAACGUGAACAAGCGCUGGUCACUUUGGACAAUGAGAAAUCAUCAAGAGAAGUAGUUCUGCAUUUAAAUAUUGAGUAGACCAAACUAUAAAUAUAUAUUUGAAGAGUUUUGUUCCAAAAUCAAAAUGGGUCAGGUGUGGUCUUGUGGUAAGAGAGUUCGACUCGUUGGCAGAAGGUCGCUGGUUCAAUUCUCAGUCCCACCAGGAACAUUGAAGUGCCCUUGAGCAGGACACAUUACCCCUGUUUGCUCUGCAGUGAUAGCUGCCCACUGCACCCUACUUGUACGUCGCUUUGGAUAAAAGCGUCUGCCAAAUGAAUUAAUGUAAAUGUAAAAUGAUGUUUUUUAUUGUGCAUUACAAUUAAUAUCAAUCAAACUGCAAUUUUUUAUUUUUAUUUAAGCCAUAAUAACUCAAGAAGUGCGGCUAACUAACACAAUUUAAACAUGAUAACAUAAUAAAAAAUAUGAAUUGUGAAAAAAAAAAAUCUCAUUUUGGAACCAAAGUCUUCAUAUAUAGCCUAAAUAUUAAAACGCCGUUCUGAUUGACCUCAGUCAGAUUGAUGAAGGUGUUUAUGCAAAGAUUUUUCAGUCUGAUGAAUGAUUUAAUGUAAAUGUGGCUAUUGACUCGAGCACUAUGAUACACGUCACAACUUUAAGUUCUGGGGCGAAUAAUGUACUGAAAAUCAAUUCUCAAAUAAAUGUUUAUAAAGUGCAUAAAAAUUGAAAUAAAAUGUUUGAGGAAUAUUAAUA